AUGAUAAAAACUCGGCCGGGCCAGCAGAGAAACUUGUGGCCAAAAUCAACGAGCCUUGGGGUUCAAUCUAUUGCCGUCAAAACCGAUGCCUCGAGUGCUAACUUUGGAACCACUCUGGUCAACGCUGCUCUGAAGUCGUUCACAACAGAAACCAUCGACAUCAUCGUCAAUAAUGCAGGGUUCGCCACACCAAAUCCCGAGGGCAUCGCAUCUGUCGGAUUUGACGAGUGGGAUCAGGUGUUUCGCAUCAAUGUGUGA